AUGGUGAGGCCGCCGGUGGUUCAAUCAGAUGGUGGAAAACCACCGCAUCAUCAGGAGCCACCACAGCAGCAGCCUCAAAAGUGCACUCGUUGUGACACACCGAACACAAAAUUUUGCUACUAUAAUAAUUACAGUCUCUCUCAGCCUUGCUACUUUUGCAAGACUUCUAGGGGGAGGUACUGGUCAGGAGGAGGAACCCUAAGGAAUGUACCGGUGGGAGGCGGAUGUCGGAAAGGGAAGCGGGCCAAAGGAGCCUCCUCCUCAAGCAGCGGCGGAGGAGAUAAUUCGAGAUCUCAACCACCACCACCACCAGGUCCGCCACAGCAAGAGCUACAAGUACCCCAAAAUCUGACACAACAAGGAAUGGGUACUUUGGUUUCGCCGCCGGGGAUUAAUCCAGCCAUCAAUUCAUACUAUUCUGGUGGCGGGUACUUUUCAUCUAUGGUGGCUAUGCAAUCUAUGGGCCAACCACGGCCCUUCAAUCAACAACCACUCGGCAUUGGUUUCCUUGAGUCGGUCAGAAAUCAGAAUUGGUGGGUGGUACAGAUGAAAGAGAAGGUGGUGAAGGAAGAAGAUCAAAGAGUACAGGUGUAUCAAUGGAGAUUACAGAGUAGGGUUUGA